AAUACAACUCUGAUAUUUUCCGCAUGUCCAUAGUCUGUCUGUCCCAGACACACGCAGAGAGAUUGGGAAAGCUGUGGUAAAGCAGGACACAGGAGUAGUUGGACGACAUGAGGUGUAUCUGGGAUGUAUGUUUAGUCCUCUUGGCCUUUACGUUUUCCUCCAGAGCAGACAUAUACAAGGAGCGAGCACUGGGGCUGAUGUCCGAGGCGCCACUGAUAGAUGGACACAAUGAUUUACCAUGGCAACUGAGGAGCCGGUUUAACAAUCAGCUAAACAACGUGGACCUGUUCACACUCAAUUCCACGCACACCAACAUCCCCAAAAUCAAAGACGGCCGCUUAGCAGCACAGUUCUGGGCUGCGUAUGUCCCAUGUACCACUCAGUAUAAAGAUGCAGUUAGACACACUCUGGAGCAGAUUGAUGUUAUUCACAGAAUGUGCAACAAAUAUCCCGAAGAGUUCAUGUUUGCAGCAAGCAGUCAAGACAUACUGGAUGCCUUUGCCAACAAGAAGACAGCGAGCCUGAUCGGAGUGGAAGGAGGUCACUCUAUAGAUAGUAGUAUGGGGACAUUGCGCACUAUGUAUCAGCUGGGAGUCCGUUAUCUGACUCUCACCCACAGCUGUAACACACCCUGGGUGGAUAACUGGCUGGUGGAUACAGGCUCAGAUCCCAUAGAGAACAAUGGCCUGAGUGACUUUGGCAAGCGGCUGAUUCAUGAAAUGAACCGCAUGGGCAUGCUGGUGGACCUGGCUCACGUGUCAGAACAGGUGAUGAACCAAGUGCUGGAGAUCUCCCAAGCCCCCAUCAUCUUCAGCCACUCUUCUGCCUACAGCGUCUGUCCUCACAAGAGAAAUGUUCCAGAUUACAUCCUCCAGAAAGUGAAAAACAAAAACGGGAUUGUUAUGGUGAAUUUCUAUAAUGACUACGUCACAUGUAGCCAAAAGGCAAACCUCUCAGACGUGGCAGAUCACUUUGACCACAUCAAGAAAGUGGGUGGUUCCAGUAUAGUUGGUUUUGGUGGUGAUUAUGAUGGUGUGCCCAGGGUACCAACUGGUCUGGAGGAUGUUUCCAAGUAUCCUGACCUGGUAGCAGAACUGUUGAGACGUGGCUGGACAGAUGAUGAGGUCAAAGAUGCUCUGGGAAGGAACCUUAUUAGAGUGUUUAAAGCUGUUGAAGAUGUACGAGACAGCCUGAACAGCACGGCUCCUGACGACGUCCCCAUCCCUCUGGAGCAAGUCCAGAACCAAUGCAGGACAGAUUAUGGCUAUCCAGUCCAGACCAAUGCUGCAGCCAUGCCAUCUCACAGCUUAUUGUUUUUAUUAUUAACACUGAACUUAUACUCACUGAUUGCCAAGUUUAUGUAAUGGUACACCUACAGCAUUCAUAUAAGUCCAGCUGUACAAAACUGAACACUAUAAGAGUUAAUUUACCAAUAUUUAAUAUGCAGAACCCCUUUCUGGUCAAUUAAAUGUGCAAUAGUAAUUUUUUUUAAAAAAUAUUUCUUACUAGUACAAAUAAUGUGGAAAAUAUGUGGAAACCUGUGAACCACCUGUCAAGGUAUUCUCACACAUACAGCAAUUUUACCACUGCAAGUUGCCAAUUGCUGCACUAUGAAGUUGCCAGUAGGCAUUCCUACGACUGGUUGAAUUAGCUUAGUUUAGCUUAAGGCCUUAGCUCAUUUAAAGCCGGAUCACAUGCGCUCUACUGUCUUCACUCCAAUUGGUAGAUGCUGCACCAAGACGCUCCAAGUUUGCAUAAAGUUAAACUUUUCUCAGCUUUGUUGCGUUGCUGGACAUGCCCAAACCUAGUCGCCAAAGGUCGCUGUUGCUCAUGUCCCUGGAAGUCGCCAGCUCUCACGGAAAAUGAAUGGUCUCCGGUGGCUUUGUUGUAGUGAGUUGCUGUAUGUGUGAAUACCCUUUAAGUCUUUAUAGAUGCACCCAUUCAUUCCACACCCAUCUAAGUCUAUUCAGAAACGAACACAUGUUCGUGUUAUGCUCCAGUUCGUGCCAAGCCUAGCCAGAUUUUUUUACUGUGAGUAAUAAAACACACUGUGCUUAAAAAAAAAAUGGCAAGAAACAUAGUAAAACUAGAACAAUCAUUGGUCGUGUUUUUCCAAGUUGGAGAAAUGUAGUCCUGGUGAUAGGGAUGAAGUUGGAUGCGUAAUUAGUGCCGUUCCUCCUAGACAUGUAUGCAAUCUAUAUAAAGCACUAAAUCAUUUAAAUGGCUGUCUUUACAAUGAAUGCACAAUUAUUAGGCAAAGUCACUAUUAUGAUUUGAUCAUUAUUUCUAUGCAUAUUAUCCAACUAUUAACCAUAUAAACCUGAAUGCUAACUGGGUAUAAUUAUUUUCAGGUGGUUUAAUUGUUUAAUGAGGGAGGCUGUGGCGUAAAUUGAUUAACACCCUAUAUAAUAUAUGCAGCACACUGCAGAUUGCAAAACUAUUGAGGCGUGACCACGGGACAAUCAUAAUGCAUUUCAUUGGCUAUGUACUUGUACUCUGCACAAUGACAAUAAAUUUGAAUCUAAUCUAAUCUAAGAUAA